AAAAUGACAUAGAUGGGAUAUAGGCACGUGUGGUACGUACAGUAAAAACGAACUAUCACAGAAGAAUCUGUAAUCCGUUUGCAGCAAGGCGUUUGCCGCCCCGGGGAAAAUCAAAUAGCGCGCCAAAUUGCCUCCCAAUCUCACACGCACGUCGCGUCGUCGCCCGGCCAUGCCCUGCUCCGGGUCUAGCUUGGAGGAAGGCAGAGAAAUGAGCAUUUCUUCUGGCAAAGGACGGAAGAGUCAUCGUCCGCGAAAACACGCCCUCGUUCCCCUUUCGUACGAUGCUGUGACCCGCAUCAUAUCGAUCGCGUUCCCCAAGAUCCGGAAGCUCGUUGUUGCGCUCCUGUUCUUGGCGCUCAGCCCUCAGCCCGUCAUCUUGGCCAUUGCCCCUCGAGCCAAUGCUCGGCGGUCACCCCGGUCGACGCGGAUGGACGGAUCUCACGAAACAACAGAGCCUGUCGGAUGGUAGAGGGCUAUUGCGAACCGCAAAGAUCACCUUCUUUGAAGAACAAAAAUAAAUUCGAGAAGAAAGGCGCAUGGUAGGAGACAGGUUCGGGAUCAUACGACGUGCAGGCAUGUAAGGUGAUGCAAGUGUUCGUCUUCCGGGUACCUAUUGACCACCGUUGGCACGGCUUUGUCACAUCGGUCCAGUGACUACAGAGGAAUGAUGCGGUGUCUAGAGUUGCGGCAAAUCAUGUCCUGUGUGUAGGACGACGAGAUCAUUCAUUGUUCAUCAUUCUCUUCCUGACCUUGGCAGGCGCGUAUUCUCGUGAAGCUCCAUCUGGCACAAAGGCGUAUUUUCGUCGUUGCGCAAAAUGAUGUAGAAGUUAAUUUCUCGACUUCGUCGAUCGAGUCUACAUAUUCCACACGGCUCAUCGAAUACUGUUCGUUGCGCACACGUGCAUGCAAGCAAACGUUUGCAAGGCAGCGGCUAAAUGGAAGUCAUGAGGAAAUUAGCAU